AAACCGGGACCCCAAACCGGGACCCCCCAACCUGCCCCGGGGGGACCCGCGGGGGCGGGGCCUGGCGGGGCGGGGCCUGGCGGGGCGGGGCCCGUCGCGGCCCGAUGACGCCAUCGCCCCGCGCCGGCGCGGCGCAGCCAUGGCGGCGCUGGGCCCGCGGGCCGAGGCUGAGGGGCGGCGGCGGCUCCUCCGCGCCCUGACCCGCCUGCAGGCCUGUGCCAGGGGGUUCCUGCUGCGGCGGCGGCUCCGGCGGGCGCGGGAGGACUUCGAGGCGGCCGUGCUGGAGAUCGACGGGGACCUGCGGGAGCUGCGCUGGACGGGGCAGCUCCUGCUGCGGCCGAGCUUCGGCCCCGACCCCCGCGGGCCCGCCCAGCCCCUUUUCCUUCCCCUGUAUCAUAUCUCCUUUCCCCCCCCCAUUUCCAUCCCUCCCCUGUCUCCCCUCUGGCAGCCCUUGGAGCCCCGGGAGACCAGCACCAAAAACCCUCUGGAGGAGCCUGAACCCCCUGAACCAGAUGGGACCCCCCCAGCCCCCCUGCAGGGCAGGACAGCCCCGACCCCCACGGGCCCAGACAACACCCUGAGCCCCCCAAAUGUGGGGGUUGAGGGUGACAAAGGCACAGAAAGGGAGAGCAAGGAGUGGGACAACGACAGCAGCGAGACCUCGGUGUGGGACAGCUCUGACCUGGGCACAGAGACCCUCGGAGCCCACCCGGAAAUCCCUCUGGGGGACCUUCCCCAGACCCGCUCCGGGCUCCAGGCCUACAGGACCCACCUGCUCAUGGAGCUCAUGUGGCUGCAACAGGCCAUUGCCAGCAGGAAAAAUUUCUUGAUGCUGAAGCGGAAGCUGGGGAUUCCUGACUCCUUGGAAGGCAUUCCCAACCCCCUGGAUGGGUGUGGGGAAGCCGUGGAGCUGCAGCACCACGGGUGACCUCAGGGGAGCUCCAGCUCCGUGGGUUGAUGGUUUUAACUUCAGCAGAAGCUUCUUAGUUCUUGUAGAUGUGAGUGUUUGGUCAGAGCAGGAUUAAACACUGUGGAGCCAGGGAGGUUGUGGUGUGUGCUGGAGGGAUUCCCAGUGAGGAUCCUUCCACAAGGACCCCAUUCCUGUUGGCUGAACUGGGUGAUCCGGGGGGGGAAAUGGAGGAUGGGAAGAUUUUUCACUUACAGAAGGUGCUUUUGGACUGAAAUGCCUGAAGGCAGCAGGUGCUGGGAGCUGCAGGAACAGCCUGUUCCCCUCUGAACUGUGUGGGAAUCUGAGCUGUGUGUUUGGGAGGGCUCUGCACUUCACACCUCUGCGAUCUCCAGGAUCUCCAAGUGCCCGUGGUGGAUUUUGGGAACACUGGACCGGUGCCUCAGGGAGGUUGGGAGGUGCUCUAUCUGUUCCUGUAGCUCAGGAACAUUCCAGGUCCCUGGAAAAGGGACUUUCCACAUGGUGCUGUGGUUCCCCCCCGUGAUUCCCUCUCUGCAUUCCUGCUGCCUGAACAGCCUCUGUUGCCAGGUGGCAGAUGGAUCCCCCUGUUCCAGAAUAGAUCCCCACUUGUUUGUGAAUAAAAAGCUUUCCUAAUGCUCCUC